AAUCUGACCAAUAGAAAUAUAGAGCUGAGGGUUCCUAUGGAAACGGACGCAGGCGUCGGGGCUGCGCCAUAUUGGCUAAAAAGUCACUAAUCGUUUCUGAUAUCAGACCAUGGCUGGAACUUCGCGGCACGAUCGGGCGAUGACCAUGAAUGCUAAACGACAGCUGCUUACCGCCUCAGACCCUCUGGAACGCCUGCGGCUGCAGUGUCUAGCACGCGGGUCUGCAGGCAUCAAGGGACUGGGCAGAACCUUCAAGAUAAUGGAUGAUGACAACAACCGUACCCUGGACACGAAAGAGUUCCUCAAGGGCUUAAAUGACUAUGGUGUGAACAUCGAAAAAGAUGAGGCCCUAAAGCUGUUCCAGCUCUUUGACAGGGAUGGCAGUGGACUCAUUGACUUUGAUGAAUUUCUCAUCACGCUCAGGCCGCCCAUGUCCAAUGCCAGGAAAGAAGUGAUCAUGGAGGCUUUCCGAAAGCUGGAUAAGACCGGUGAUGGGAUCAUCACCAUUGAAGACUUAAAGGGAGUUUAUAAUGCAAAGAACCAUGCGAAAUAUCAAAAUGGAGAGUGGACCGAGGAGCAGGUCUUCCGUCAGUUCCUGGAUAACUUUGACUCACCCUAUGACAAGGAUGGGAAGGUGACCCAGGAUGAGUUUAUGAAUUACUACGCAGGUGUGAGUGCUUCCAUCGACACAGAUGUCUACUUUAUCGUUAUGAUGCGGAAUGCCUGGAAAUUAAACUAACAGCUUGAUCUACAAUCCCUAGGGUGACCAAGGAGGAGUUCUUAAACUAUUACUCUGGAGUCAGUGCCUCCAUCGACAGCGACGUAUACUUCAUUCUGAUGAUGAGGAGUGCAUGGAGACUCUGAUUUUAUAUUACUGUUGAUAUUAUUUGACUUUUUACUGGAUCCUGGGGCCUUUUCUGUGGAUGUUUCUGUAUAUGCACUUGUAUGUAUAAAACUAAUAUCAUACACAUAAAUUAAAUAAAUGACUCAUCAUAUGUAUCAAAAUGUUUUCCGAUUCUGUAAUAAAGUAGAAAAGGGAGCAAUAAUGGUGGAUAAUCAAA